UCCUGAUUGUUCUUGCAUAUGCCUGCAAGCAUGUGCGUGGGUGUGUGGGUAAUCCCAGCUCCCUCUCUCUGUGUUGUCCCGACACAUUGGAAGCUUGCCAUAGCAGCAUGCUGCCAUUUGUCUAGUUUCAGUAAGGGAACUCUCUUGAGUGGGCAGAUCCUUGUCAUAAAAGAGGCCAGGACUACAGGGAGAUGCUCAUUCAGCACCUUGCUCACUCAUCCACUCAGCAUGGCAACUGCUCCCUUCAUCUGUGAUGUGGAAGCCUCUAAGGAGUCUCUGAGGCCUGCUGUGAGCAGCCACCAGCUCAGACAUCGGGUCUGCUCCUUCACUCUCCUCCAGGUCCUUGUGGGUGUACUGGCGGUCUUCGUGCUGGCUCUGACUGGAGGUGUCAUCUGGAUGAAGCUGUUUCAGGAUUGCCCAGGGAAGCAACUCUGGACUGUCAAUUUCACAGGAACGAACACAAACUUCACUUCACCUAGAACUCAGAAAUAUGUGAUCGUUGGCAGUGUCUUCACAACAGGAUCUUGUGACAAGAACUCCUUCAGGCUGCAUCAGAUACCACCAACGGACCAUACUAACGGACCCUUGAAAAAUGAAAUCAUAGAAAAUAGAGUUGCUGAGAUGUUUGUUAAAUAUGAUGUGGAGCUUCGUAAAGAAGCAACAAUAAAAGUAGCGCUUAAUUGUAACGAGGUGAAAAUUGAUGAGGACAAGUCCAAACUCUUCAUUUAUCAACAAAACUCAUGCUAGGAUGCAUAUACAUCCUAGCUGUUGCUGGUAUCUGGCCCAAGGGGAAAACCCUCUCUUUAUCUUAUAAAGAUUUACACACAAAGGUUUUACACACACAUACUGUAGCUGCAUCUGAUUGAACAAACACCUUCUUUCAACAUCAGUGUCAGGAGGGGGAUCCAGACAAGGCAAAUUUGUGAAUGUUUUGUUAAGCAAAAAUAUGAUUGUCAGUGAAGUUCAGUAGAGCUUCUGUUUGUUCAUCAGUGUGAGUGUGGUUUAGUUACUGUAUAUUUAAAUAUUUUAUAAAUCACUUAAAAUCUAUUUUUAAAUCGUUGAUGAUUGUAUUUGAAUUAUGUUAUUUCAUUUUUGUUUGAAAUGUAUUACCAAAAUGUAAAUGGUUUGUAUUUACACCUAUGGUGUCCACAAGCUUCUUGUUACUGUUCAUCUCUA